CUCUUUUAAAGCAUCGAACACUAGUCGCCCAACUUCUCCUCCGAUCAAGCUGGUCUGAAGGCAUACAGGCCGUGGUAUGCAUUCGGACAUUCAUGUAAUCGUCCGCUUCCAAGAGCAAUCCGUGUUCGCCGGCGAAGAACUCAAGUGCACCAUCACCUUCAAGAACAUCGCGAACUUAGCAGAACCGCCAGUAACACCGUCCAUCGCAAGAAGACGCAGCAGUCGCCACGAAAGCAUCAGUCAAAUAGCUGCGAUUUCGUUGAAAAAUCACGCUCACUUACGCCUGGGUCAAAAUGGCCGGUCUGUUUCAGACAAGGAGUCUCACUCUGAUAGUCGAGGACGACACCGAGCUACCGCGUCGCUACAAAGUCCAAUAAACACAACCGAUCUCCAAUCGCCGACAGAGAGGCCAGGUUACAAGCAGAGAUCAGUCUCAAUCAUCUCGGUCACUUCGCCGAUCGGGAACAACGAUCAUCCAGAAUCGUCGUCUCCCAACAGCUGGGCACGGCAGCAGAGAUUGAGUCAUCAGCGAUCAUCUACAGUCCAACUUCAACAUGCGCCACAUCAAAGUACGGCAAGCCAGUUCAGUAAGGCAUCCCCGGGGACUUCGCCGCAACCACCCCAAGGCCGUCGACGCAGUCCACUGUCGCCAGCCAUAGGUGGGAGCCGUGAAUCUACCUCGGACUUCAGGUUUCCCCCAGCGAGCCCUGACACCCGGCCCCAGACUUUAAGUCCGGGCGGCGAUGAUGCGACACGGGUUUUAUCGAGGACGAGUCAGGUGACGAGCGAACGAAGUAGCGGUGAUUUUUACUCUUUGAGCAAUCAUUCCCAGGAAACGCUCAUGUCGGAGCAACCGUCAGUCUUGUCGGACCAUAGGCCCAACCUCAGCCUCUCACGCGCGCCGUUCAGGCCAGCCGAACAAAAACCUCGAAGUGUGAGUCUGCUCAUGGGCUACGCACAGCUCAACGCAACAUUCACCCUCGACGCGUCCUUGAUUGACCAGUCCCAUUUCGAAGAAGUCAAAAGCAAAGGUUUCCUCGGAGGGCAAGCUGGCGGCGGCGUAGUUGGAAUGAAGAAACCGCGUCCGAACAGUGGUUUUCUGGGCACGGCCUUUAGUCUCAAAGAUUUUAGCGAGUCUCUCAACAGCCUGCUAGGCGGCGACGACACAAGCAGCGUCAAGCAAAUGCACGCCGUCAAGAACUCCAGAGCCAUUCCCCUGCUGUCCACUCCUCAAUCCCUACUCUUCGUCGACAUGCAUCUCGACCCCGGUGAGGAGCAGAGCUACACCUACACAUACCCUCUCCCGCGGGGUCUGCCGUCAAGUUACCGCGGGAAAUCCAUCAAGAUCUCCUACAACCUCACAGUCGGCGUGCAGGGCGGUCGGGACGUACACACAGUUCGCCAAGUCAAUGUACCCGUGCGUGUGUUCUCGGGCGUUGACUAUGACGGCGAAAUUUUCGGACACGACCUCAUGCAACCUCAUGUCAUCCUUCAAGAUCUUGCACGUACCAAGUCUAUCAUCUCUCUUCCCUCUCAGACGACCAACGAGUCCAAUACGCCUACGACGCCCUCCCAGCAACAGCAUCAGCAGUCCGACGAACAAUCCAGCGCCGAAUUUCUCGUGUUUGUCGACAAGCUUCUCAACCGCAACAUGCGACGUCAAUCCAGCAGCAGUGUCACCAUGGAGUCAUACAUCCCCCGCCACUACGCCGGCGCGGACUCCAAGGCGUUGCAGGCGAUCAAUCGCGCCAUUGUUUAUAGUAAUCAGAACACGGAUGUUGCGUCGUCCAGCUCGAACCGAUUUGAGAUCUCUCGCAACGGACUCAAAGUCGCCGUCGUGGUCAUCGACAGACCCUUACACAGGCUAGGCGAGACCAUCACGGCCGUGAUCGACUUCUCGGAUGGUCAGGUCUGUUGCGCCUCACUCAGGUCGACGCUCGAAUCGACGGAGAAAGUGAGCCCUUCACUUGCCGUCCGGUCUGCCGCCACGAUCAACCGGGUCACGAGGAAGACGUACGGUGCACAAGCGGAGAACGUACUGUUUGCGCGACGGGCCACGUUUGCGCCCAGCAUUCCAGCCUCGGCGACUCCGACGUUUGUCACGAGUGGUGUGAAUCUGGAGUGGAGUCUGAGGUUCGAGUUUGGCACAGUCAAGACCUUGGAGGGUGGUCAUGAUGAUGAUGACGAUGGCGGCGACAACAAUAACAACAACAACAACGAUCAUGGCGUGCCAGCCAAGCCUGCAGUGGAAUUGGUUGAAGAAGUCGUCCGAGACGAACGUGGCACGAUCAAUGUUGCGGUGGAGAAUUUGGACUGCGAGACAUUUGAGGUUGUCAUUCCCAUUACUGUUUAUGGUGACCUCGUUCCUGAUGGAAGAGGGGACGGUGAGGUAGUAGGUAUCCCAAUAUAAGACUAUGGUG